GGACUUUCGUUGUCCUUAUAACUCUCUUUUCUCUUCCAUUUCUCUCUCUAAAACAAACUAGUCUCUGCACCUUCAAAAUUAAAAUUAGGGUUUCUUUUUCAUUUCCAUUUUUUAAUUCUUUAAUCGAACAUGGUCAUUUGAUUGAAAUCAAGAAUUAUAUAAAAUUUAUUUCGUUCUGGAUUUAAGGGUUUCUUUUUCUUGAAGAAUUGAAAGGGAAUUUUUCAUUUCAUUUCAUUUUUUUUUCUGGAUCGGUUGGUGGUGGGAUUGAAGAUCUGAAACGGGGAUUUGAUUUCAACGAAAUUUGUGGUAAGGAUUCUUUUUUAGUUGAUUUCUGAAGAAAAAAAGGUUGAAUUUUUUUUUUGAAUGGCUUCAAAUGGAUCUUCUUCAUAUUGGUGUUAUAGAUGUAGUAGAUUUGUAAGGGUAUGGAUUAGAGAAGUUGAUAGAAAUAUUGUUUGUCCUGAUUGUGAUGGUGGAUUUGUAGAAGAAGUUGAAAAUCCACCUCGAUCUACACAUACUGAAUCUCAAAGAAGAAGAAGAUUUCCUUCUGCUGCUAUGUAUAUGUUAGGUAAUCGAUCUAACAAUAAUAAUAAUAAUAAUUCAGAAGAGAACAGCAAUAAUAAUAAUACAAAUUCUGGGUCUGGGUUUCGUCGUAGUCGAAGAAACGGGGGAGAUCGUUCUCCGUUUAAUCCUGUAAUUGUUCUUAGAGGACCUUCUGAAGGGGGUGUUGCUACGGCUGCUGUUCCAGAAGGUGCUGUUGGUGGUGGUGUUAAUGGGGAAAGAGGAAGUUUUGAACUUUAUUAUGAUGAUGGUGCUGGUUCAGGUCUGCGACCAUUACCUGCAAGUAUGUCUGAUUUCUUGAUGGGAUCCGGGUUUGAUCGGCUUCUUGAUCAAUUAGCGCAGAUUGAAAUCAAUGGUGUAGGUCGUUGUGAUCAUCCACCAGCAUCAAAAGCAGCUGUUGAAUCUAUGCCAACUAUUGAAAUCAUUGAUAGUCAUGUUUCCACUGAAUCACACUGUGCAGUUUGUAAAGAGGCUUUCGAACUUGGAUCAGAAGCUCGAGAAAUGCCUUGUAAGCAUAUUUAUCAUACAGAUUGUAUACUUCCAUGGCUGUCUUUAAGAAAUUCUUGUCCUGUUUGCCGACAUGAGUUACCUACUGAUGCUCGUGGAAGGAGUUCGCCUGAAUCUGAUGUAAGUCAAGUUCAACAACAACAGGAACAAUCCCCUGUAGCAGCAACAAUUACUGAAGAAGAUACUGUUGGGCUUACAAUUUGGAGGCUUCCUGGCGGUGGGUUUGCUGUUGGUAGGUUUUCAGGUGGUAGACGUGCUGGGGAGCGUGAAUUUCCAGUUGUAUACACUGAAAUGGAUGGUGGUUUCAAUACAGCUGGUGCUCCUAGAAGAAUAUCAUGGACAUCAAGAGGUAGUAGGUCUAGAGAAAGUGGUGGAAUUGGAAGAGUUUUUCGAAAUAUCUUCUCAUUCUUUAGGAGGAAUUCGUCUUCUUCAUCAUCUAAUUCUAGUUCAGAAUCAGGAACUACACGUAGAAGUCGUUCCAAUUCAGUGUUCAAUAGAAAUUCAAGAAGGCAUAGCAGAGCUUGGGCUUUGGUUGAUAGUAGUACAAUUGCAAGAUGGUGAAAUUGAAAUAUGAAGCAAGAGCUUAUCUUGCUUUGUUAUUGGGGUUUUGCCAGUCUUAUUAUGAUCCUUAGUUAUUGUUAGUUUUUCCUCUAGAGAAGAAAAAAAGAUCUGUGUAAGUCAUUUUUUUUUUUUUCAAAAUUCACUGUAAAUAGCAGGCAGCGUUGAACCAGAAGAAGGAGAACAGUUUCCAGCUUAAAUUCCUAGUGUGAAGUUUUGGGGCCUCGGUUAUUAACCAGAUGAUUGUUGCUUCAGAAUUUGAAAUAAACAAGUAACUCAAAUUCAACUAAACAUGAAGUAGAUGAUUUGAAGUUAGCAAUGGAAUUGACUCGAAGCUAAGAAGAAGGUGAGAACCCUUUCAUUCAUGUACACAUCUCCACCUAUGAUGGCUUGGUGUUAGUGACCGACAAUGGUUCAAAUCAUCCAUUAGUAGUUUUUGUUAGAAAUACAUUUCUGUAUGAAUUCUUUUUUUUUUUUCCUUAAAUUUGUAAUCUGUUUGUAGCUUCGAUUGGUUUAAUAUUCAGUACUACCUUUUGAGAAUU